UGAAGAUUGCUAGCCGGAGCGUGAAAAAACGCACUGUCAAUGUAUAAUUUCACCGUGGGCACUGGGAGUGACAGCGUUUCACACUUCUUAAAGCUAUUUUAUCAAUUUGCGUUUUUCGUUGCUCUGUAAACGUGAUCUAUCUCUGCACUUGUAUGUGAGCACUUCGCCUUUUCGCCUGCUUCCUAGAUCUGUUGGCCAGUUAGUAACGCAGGUAUCUUUAAACGGAAUUGUUGUCUUGCUUUCUGUCGAGUUCCUGUAAUGUCUAAAGUUACCGCUAUAUAUCGAGGAAUUAACCGUGCUCAUAGUCUAAAAAAUUAGUUUUUGGUGUCUGUUGAUUUCCAUAAGCAAGUGCUAGCAAGCCAGCUAACCUACUAACCUACGUUGGCACUUGAUACAAGCUGCUAGGAAAAUUCUGCAAGCGGUGAUGGAGACAGUACACACGCAUGGAGUUUGGAUGGCAGAGGCGCUCCAGAGGGGAACAAUCGAGUAUGAAAAACUGUGGCUUUUUGUCACACAUAUGGGUGACCCCAAAGCCGCCUUUCUUCUUCAUUUUCCAAUGAUGUACUACGUCAACAGACGAACUGGCAUCGCCGUCGUGUGGGUUGCAGCCAUUUCGGAGUGGCUCAAUCUUGUUUUUAAAUGGAUGCUAUUUGGUGAGAGACCAUUUUGGUGGGUAGGUGAAUCCCGCUUGUUUAUAGAAAACCCACCCCAAGUCCAGCAGUUCCCCGCCACCUGUGAGACAGGUCCAGGUAGCCCCUCUGGGCAUGCCAUGGUAACAGGUGGUGUGUGGUGGGUGAUGGCCUCUGCCCUCGCCUCUUUCCUACACUCUCGUACGCGCAGCCGACUAUUGAGAGCUGUGCCCUACCUGCUCUACCUGCUGGUACUGGUGGCAGUGGGGCUUUCUAGGAUCUUCAUUUUGGCACACUUCCCUCACCAGGUCGUUGCAGGUUCUCUGACAGGCUUCGCACUCGGAUUGGCCCUGAACCACACAGUCCCAGAGUGGCAGCCCCUGCUGUUCUUCGUGCGCUGGUGCAUGGGUCUGCUGGUGGGGGCUCUGCUCCUCCAUGUGGGCUUGGAGCACCUUGGAGUUGACCUGUCCUGGUCCAUUGCCCUGGCCAAGCGGUGGUGCUCCCAGAGCGAGUGGAUCCGCCCGGACACAGCUCCCCUCUCCUCUCUAACCCGCGACUGUGGCGCCAUGCUGGGCCUGGGGCUAGCCCAGUUCUGGAAGCCUGGAGGGUGGACGCUCCCCUGGGUGCCACGGGCACUCUGCCUAGCGCUUUCUUCCUUGGCCCUCUACCAUGUGAACCGGGUACCCUUGCCCACCUCUCCCCCCUUCCUGUUCUACUCCCUCUACUUCAUCAGGUUUGCCCUGCUACCUCAGGUGGUUAUGGUCUUCGUUCCCGGCUUUGUACACCUCCUCACAGCCAAGAACAAGAAGGACUAACUGGAUGUCAUGAAAAGAGGGGACCUCUUCUUCUGUGAGACACUUGCAGAGACAGUACUUUGGAGAUGUCUGGAGAUCUCCAUCUAUACAAAAAUGAGAUGCAUAUUUCUCCACCAAAGAAAAUGGAUAUAUGUACUUUGUAAAUGUCUUCUAGCAGUCUUAUUUCUGUUGUGGAUUUCUUCCUGAAUCUCUUUACUGAACACAAUGGCAAGGCACCAUAAAACAUUGAAUUAGAUGCGACUUUCAUGAAUUGCCAAAGCACAGCAGCAAUAAAGCAUCUUUUCAUUUAUGAGGGCAGU